AUGGGUAAAUCUCUGGCAAUACUUCCUGUCCUGCAUCUAGGCUCUUGUAGAUGCACCCGUGCACCACCAACAUCACCACUCCAACUACUUCAACCCAUCUUCAUGUGGCCCUUCGGAUCUGGCGACAAAGACACCGCAGAGCUCGCCAAGGAGCUCCCGCAAGACCUCCAGCUGUUUUUUGGCGCCGCAGACCCCGCCACACGCUCCGGCGCCGACUCGCUGAAAGAUGAAAAAGUUGCCGAGGUGCUAGCGAAACAACCGCAGGGCUAUUCGCACGAGUUUGCUGCAUACAAGCGCGACGAGCUGCUCAAAAAGGCGGUGGCGGUCAACUGCGCCGAGAUCCAGCAGGCGGUGGUGGCCUGCUACCAAGGAUGGCUGUUGGUGAGCACCAACCACUGCAUGGACGAAAUCAAACGGGCAACGCGAUGCACAGAGGUGCAGCAGCGGGCCUUGCAGCGCAUGCGGUAUGCGGACUGUUACAGCCGGCCGCAGUGCCAGUACAUGCGCACGGUGGUUGACCGGCUUUUCACAGAAAAUUUUGGCCAAUACGGCGAAAGGGUAGACGAAGAGGCCGAGAAGGCGUUCAACCGUGGCGUUGAUGCUGCGUUCGAGCGCGCAUGGCGAUAG